AUGGGAAGAACCGGUGCGAAUGGAACGACUGAUGAAGGAUUGGAAGUGGGUGGAACACACGUGGAAGAGCAAGAGGAAGUAAGAACUGGGGAUACAGCAAGGCCGCCUCAAUCUGUGUCGGAAGAGGGGCAGAGUGAGGAGGAGGAGCAGGAAGAAGAGGCUGGAGAAGGAGGAAGUGGGGUGAUGGAGGUUGAGGGACUAGCGGUGAGCCCGGAGCUGCUAGUGCCGGUGGGAGGGACGGGCGACAGGAGGAGCGUGCGGAGAGAGAAGAAUCGCGUGAGGUGUUUGCGGAUGAGGCAGAGGAGGCACUGGCAUCAGCAGCAGGAGAGACAACAGAGUUCCACAGCAGAGCCCAGCAGCAGCAGCAGCAGCAGCAGUAGCAGCAGCAGCAGCAGCAGUGAAGAGGACCUUGUGAGUGAGGGCCUCCUGUGUGCGGUGUGUCUGGACGUGUACCUGUGUCCGUACAUGUGUCACCCGUGUAAACACAUCUUCUGUGAGCCCUGCCUGAGGACCCUGGCCCGGGGCAUUCCCACCAACACCCCCUGUCCCCUCUGCAGGACCACCAUUACUCAUGUCUUCUUCCAAAAAGAGCUGAACCAAACGGUGAGGACAUUCUUCCCCAAGGAGUACCUGUCCCGGAAACAGAACUUUCAGAAAGCCUCGUGUGCCAAAUGGCCUCUCCCCAGCUGCAGGAAACUCUUCAGGAUGUUUGGAGGUUUCCCAAGACAGUGGAGUCCGAUGGCGCGUCGCCGGUUCUCCCCUCACGGUGGUGGGUUCCGAGUGGACCCUCUGGACCCUCUGGAGCUGGAGGAUCUCGGGGAGAGACCGGCUGCAGGCUGGAGACUGGACAUGGACAUGGUCAUCAUCUACAUCUACUCCGUCAACUGGAUAAUCGGCUUCCUCAUCUUCUGCCUCCUCUGUUACAUCUUCUUCCCGUCUCAGUGA